UCUUUGUUUUGUGCAGAACGAUGUACAGGCGCUGGCAGAUAAACCUAGACAUGAACCGCAUAGCCUAAGCGUGCAAAUUAGCACUCCUCGCUGUGCUGCUUUGGCCCUCGGAGCAAUACAUUGGUACCAAGUUUGAGUUGACCAACCAUGAUUCAAAAUGGAUGCAUUGCAUCCCAAGGGUGUGCCCCUGUGAAUUCUAGGUCAUGCAACCUUGUCAUACCAACUACCUCAGUCUUUCGUUGCGCUUCUCGGAUGCCUGCUAAGGUUGCCGUCUCAAACAUUCGUAGCUUUUGGGGACAUAAUUUAGAAUGUAAAUCCUACUUGCCAAGAGGAAUGGCAUUCUCAGACAUUUCUGCUGCUUCAAGCCUGCUUUUAAGUGGGGGUCAAAAUCUUCUCUUUCGCACUAUCCCUAUGUUACCCCGGGUGCGCAAGUCUUAUUUGGUCCCUCGAGCAUCGAAGGAUGUCCCAACUAGCUUCCGUUAUCCUCCAAUGACCAAAAAACCGAGAUGGUGGUGGAGAUCAUUAGCUUGCCUUCCUUACCUCAUGCCACUUCAUGAGACAUGGAUGUAUGCUGAGACAGCAUACAAUCUUCACCCGUUUUUGGAAUGCUUUGAAUUCUAUACGUACCCUUUUCUUAUGGCAAUUGGGAGCCUACCAAGCUGGUUUCUCAUGGCAUACUUUUUUGUUGCAUAUCUUGGCAUUGUGAGGAGAAAAGAAUGGCCUCAUUUCUUCAGAUUUCAUGUUGUGAUGGGAAUGUUAUUGGAGAUUGCCCUGCAGGUUAUAGGGACUGUGAGCCGUUGGAUGCCACUGUCAGUCUACUGGGGUAAACUGGGAAUGCAUUUCUGGACUGCUGUGUCAUUUGGGUAUCUCUUUACUGUCUUGGAGUGCAUAAGGUGUGCUCUUGUUGGUAUUUAUGCUGAUAUUCCAUUUAUCUGUGACGCAGCAUAUAUCCAAAUACCAUAUGAUUAAGGAGGAAGAUGUAAGAAAGUUUAUCUUUAAUUUCUUUUCAUUGUAUCAGAGUUUUUGUUGAGCAGGAUUGAAAAAUGAUUAAUCUUUUACCGUUUGUUCAUGUCAAAAAUAUCUCCAUGAGAUUUCCCUUAAGUACAUUUUAUUUAUAUGGACCGACUUUAUCUGUAACCUCAAGAUUCAAUCUCCCUCCUCCUCCCUUAACAUUCCCUUCUAUGGAUCUCUAUUACAAAUGCAGAUGAUGUUUUUACUGUCUUUAUUCAGAGAUGG